AUGGCCUACCCCCAGUUUGCGCGAACUCCCUCUCGGCGUGCAUCCAUGCACAGCGUUCACGACAAUGGGUUUGGCCCGGCGUCCUUUGACGAGCCCUUUUAUCCUGCAGGAAACUACGACGACCCGUACCAGCAGCAAGACUACCACGCAUACCAACCUCCUCCCGGAGUCAUGCAUGGUAUCCCACGUGAGCAUCGCGCCCCAUCGCCGGUUCCCUACCAUCCAGGCUUGAGCCCGUCUCCGUCUCCGUCUCCUCCUCCGCGGACUCCUUUUCACCCCGGCUCCGGUGUAUCGGUACCAGUGCAACGCGAACCGACGCCUUUUCAUCCAGCGUAUGACGAAGGGUCUCUCGAAGAAUCGCCACUCAUGAGCGAACCGGAAACCUAUUUUACCGGUCGAACCCGCUCGCGUUCGUUCAGCGCAGGUCCUUACGGCGCCCCGCCUCUGGGAUCAUACCCGUCGCAACACUACGACAUGAAGUAUCCACGCAUGCCGACCCCCGCCCCAGGCUCCUUCAUCCACCAGGUUCCCGUCGUAACUCCGCCGCUGGGAAUGCCUGGAUCGGUCCCAAUGUCGAUGGUCAAUGGGAUGGCUGGGCCUAUGGUUUCGGGUAUGAUGCCAGGCAUGUCCAUGUCAAUGGGCACGAACAUGCGCACAGGCUCGAAAAUCAAGUUCGUUGCACGCGGCGCUGGUGGGAAAUCUGGCGUGCUGCUCUCUGAAGUGCUGGAUCGCGGCCGCCAUGGGGUCGAGAUGUCCAAGAGGUAUCGCUACCGUUAUUACAAUCUCCGCCUCUCGGCGCGUGGGCUUCUCUACGUUCGUAUCCGCUGGAACGGAUACCCGCCUUUGAGCUACGAGAUUCCGGUGACCGUCACUUCUGGCGACUACGUCAGUAUGUCGGGCCUGGCACGUCGCCUGGGCCGCGCUGUACUACACUACCUGCAGUCAAAUGGCACUGUCAUCUCCAGCAAGCGCAUCCUGCUCCAUCGGUUGGAGGAAGAAACACCUGGCGUGUGGCUUCCCAUUUUCUCCACAAUCUAA